GUUCCCCACCAUUUGCGUCACUUGCGGCGACAGGCUGUCCUCGCGAGGGAGAUCCACAGCGAUUUCGACGCUGUCACCUAGCAUCCGGGCUAUGGGCGUCACGCGCAUUAGGCUCGCGAGGUUCGGUCGUAAGAACCUCCCGUUUUUUCGGAUCCAUGUGGCCGACAGCCGGUGUCCCACCAACGGUCGGCAUAUCGAGUGCGUGGGCCACUACAACCCGCUGCCAGGCAAGGACGGCAUGAAGCGCAUCGGCAUCAACACUGAACGCGUCAAGUACUGGCUGUCAGUGGGGGCUCAGCCGUCAGAGACCGUUGCCAAGCUUCUAGGCCGUAUAGGGUUGCUACCACCACUUCCUGUUCCCAAGCCCGCGUUGCCACAAGUACCAAAGCCCAAUGUGGCGAAGUAAGAUUUCCAUAAGAAUUUAAAGCUUGUUUGCAAUGCAAUGAUUGUCUAUGAUAAAUGGUAGCAUGCUUAGCAACGGCCUUUCUAAGUAGGCAUCACGAAAUGCAUUUAUAAGGACGACUAUCUAUUUGUGACUCUUCUCGGAGUGUUCUGCACUGUUCGGCUCAAUGCG